AAGGAAAUCAUUAGAUAUUAGUGUGGACUUUGUGCUGUGUCCUGGACUCUGCUCGGGACUCCCAGCUACAGACAUGGGGAACCUGGUGUCCCUAAAGCUGCACCCUGCAACAGGUCCGCACCUGGUGGGCUGCACAGAUGUCAUGGUGGGACCUGGAAAAGAGGGCAGCUUCUUCCGGCUCUUCUACCCCUGCAGACCUGCUCCUAAUCAGAGGCAGCCUCCUCCAUGGAUUCCCCGGCCACAGUACCUCGCUGGUUUGAUCGGUGCACGCGGCUGGAACAGCAAAACUGCCCAGUAUGCAGCGUCAGUAAUAUCCGGUAACCCUCAGAUACCUGUCAUAUGGAAUGGAGACUUUAUGAUGGCCAAGGACAGGAUACCGCUUAUUAUAUAUUCUCAUGGGCUUGGCAGUUUUAGAUCAAUAUAUUCUUCAUUCUUCUCAGAACUGGCAUCCUAUGGCUUUCUGGUGGCUGCGGUGGAACACAGGGACGGUUCAGCUUGUGCUACAUUCCACUUCUCGGAAGUAUCUUCAGGGGAUGCAAGUUCAACACUACAGGAGUUUUGGGUCCCAUUCAAAAAAUUGCAGCCUGGAAUGAAAGAAUUUUAUCUCAGAAACUAUCAGGUUCAUCAAAGAGCAAGUGAGUGCGUCAAAGCUGUGAGGGUUCUACAAGACAUAGACACAGGGAGGGUAGCAACCAAUAUCCUGGAUCCAGAUUUCAAUCUGGAAUUUCUAAAGGGCAGGAUAGACUUUAACAGAGUGGCUAUUAUGGGUCAUUCCUUCGGAGGAGCAACAGCAUUGCUGAGCCUGAUGAAGGAUGAUAUUUUCAGGUGUGCAGUAGUAUUAGAUGCCUGGAUGUUUCCCCUUGAAGACACUUGUUACCAGCACAUUCAAAAGCCAAUUUUAUCUAUCAACACUGAAACCUUCCAGACAAACCAAAGUAUCAAGAAAAUUAUGAGGCUAAAUUCAGCAGGAGCAGAGCUGAAGUAUUUGACAGUGAAAGGCUGUGUCCAUAGCAGCCAGACUGAUUUGGCUUUCCUGAGUGGUUUUCUGGCAAAUAAAAUUCUGGACUCACAAGGGACAAUGGAUCCAAAAACUUGCCUGAAGAUUUCUGUUAUUUUAUCACUGCACUUUCUCAGCAAGCACCUAGAUCUGCCUAUAAACGCAUCUAAAUUGGAAAAUCUAAGUGAAGAGAUCCAAGCUGAUGUCAUUUUAGAUUUCCCAGUGGUAAACACCAGCAAGCUGUGAGACUAUGCCAUUCUCUGGACCUUGCGUCUGGGGAAAACAAUAGCAGAAUGGCGCUUUGUUGUUUCACUAUAAGAGUCUCUUGUAUUCAAAUAAAUAAAUGCUGCACUGUUGAUAAAGAUAUGGCAGGGAUUUUGUGUUAGUACAAUGUCCCUUGGUCUAUGCCCCAGAGAAGCUGCCGCGUGCACUCCCUGCAUUCAUUGCUCUGACAGCUACAUCCUAAGCAGAGGACACGCUGCUCGUGAUGAGUGAGUGCCAAACAUGGAACAUCAUCAAUUGUGCAACAGUAUUAUAUAAGCCUUGGUGAAGGGAGGGGAGGUAACGUGUAAGAGGGGGGGAAAAAAUGCAAUGUGUGGGAAUUGUGUGUACAACAAUCAGAAUAUCAGACUUCAGAAAAUCCCUGCUGAUUCAGUCUGAGCUUACUGAUGCCACCAAGCAUCAUUUGCUGUGUGAUUAUGUAGCCAAAUUUAUAAAUGUUUAAUGAUACCAGAUAUAGUGAAACAGAAAUCAUUUAGCACUCUUCAUGCCAUAAACCGCAUUUAAAAAUGUUUUUCACAUCCCA